UGUUGAGACCUAUUUCCCUCUACCUUUCAAACAAUAAUGACUUCAAGAGCUUUUGUAAUACUCAUUAUGUAAUCUUACAUAUAAUUUGAUCUACAGCAUUUGGAUUUGUUUGCUCUCAUGUCCCUUGAAUUGUAGAAAGGCUGCACAUAUUAUCAGUUCGAUUAAGCAGUAGCCCUUUUCAAAUAACUGUUAGGUACUUGAUUGCAGACAAUACCAUGAUGGGAAAGAUAUAAUCAAAUAAAUAGAUCUAACUCCCAUGUUCGUAUGACUAGCUGCAGUGCGUAAGGAGAUUGAAGAUGAAACAGAGCGUCUUACUGGGAAGUCAAAGGCAAUUUCUAACCGUCCAAUUCACCUUAGCAUUUAUUCGCCUAAUGUUGUGAACCUGACUCUUAUUGAUCUUCCUGGGUUAACAAAAGUUGCUGUAGAGGGACAGCCAGACUCCAUCGUUGAAGAUAUUGAAAUGAUGGUCCGUUCUUAUGUUGAUAAGCCCAAUUGCAUUAUUCUAGCAAUUUCUCCUGCUAAUCAAGACAUUGCCACAUCUGAUGCUAUAAAGCUUGCUAGAGAAGUUGAUCCUACAGGUGAACGAACAUUUGGAGUGGUAACUAAACUCGAUCUCAUGGACGCAGGAACCAACUGUCUAGAUGUUCUUGAGGGAAGAUCCUACAAGCUUCAACAUCCUUGGGUUGGAAUUGUGAACCGCUCACAAGCUGAUAUUAACAAAAAUGUUGACAUGAUGGCAGCUAGACGAAAGGAGCAGGAAUAUUUUGAAUCUAGCCCUGACUAUGGACACUUAGCGCCUAAAAUGGGUUCAGUAUAUCUUGCAAAGCUUUUGUCCAGGCAUUUAGAGCUUGUUAUCAGGCAGAAGAUACCAAGCAUCAUUGCUUUGAUUAAUAAGAAUAUUGAUGACAUCAAUGCAGAGCUCGACCGUAUUGGCAGGCCAAUUGGAGCAGACGGAGGGGCACAACUUUAUACGAUCUUGGAAUUGUGUCGUGCAUUUGACCGUGUGUUCAAAGAGCACCUUGACGGAGGGCGACCAGGUGGAGAUCGAAUAUAUGGAGUCUUUGAUCAUCAGCUACCAGCUGCCAUGAAAAAGCUCCCGCUGGACCGUCACCUCUCUACCAGUAAUGUCCGAAAAGUUGUUUCAGAGGCUGAUGGUUAUCAGCCCCACUUAAUUGCUCCUGAGCAAGGAUAUAGAAGACUAAUAGAUGGAUCUCUUGGAUACUUCAAGGGCCCAGCUGAAGCUUCUGUUGAUGCGGUACACUUCAUUCUGAAAGAACUUGUGAGGAAAUCCAUGGCAGAGACGGUGGAGUUGAAGCGGUUCCCAUCACUUCAAGCUAGCAUAGCAGCAGCUUCAAAUGAAGCACUGGAAAAGUUUCGCGAUGAAAGCCGAAAGACAGUUAACCGCCUGGUGGAAAUGGAAUCAACUUAUUUAACAGCAGAAUUUUUUCGUAAGAUUCAUGAAUCGGACAAUAACCCCAGAGAUGAUAAGCAUUCAAACGCAUCAGGCCCAAAUGCAGAUCGUUACAAUGAUUAUCACUUUAGGAAGAUUGGGUCAAACGUCUCUGCUUACGUUGGUAUGGUUUGUGAUACUCUGAAGAAUACAAUACCAAAGGCUGUUGUUUAUUGUCAAGUCCGAGAAGCAAGGAGAUCAUUGCUGAAUCUCUUCUAUGCGCAGAUUGGUAGAAAAGAGAAAGAGCAGCUUGGUAAAAUGUUAGACGAAGAUCCGUCACUCAUGGAAAAGAGAGAGGUUUUAGCCAAGAGACUUCAGCUGUACAGAUCAGCCAGAGACGAGAUCGAUUCAGUCGCAUGGAAAUGAGAUUCACGAACCACGUAAGCACCUUAUCUCAUAUACAAGUUAUAAUUUGUGCUCAUUUGUACCCAUAAUCACAUUACUUUGUACUUAUAAUCACCAGAAUAUAUAUCAGCCUGUAGUGUCACCGUCACACAAACUACGACUUCUAGACAGUAACUUAGAAAAAAAAUUGUGAACAAAUGUUUUGUUACUGUUAUAGGCUUCAGAUAUACUACUUGUUUUGGGUUUUGCUUAUGGUGUUGCUGGACAGGUUUUGUGCUAUUAUGAAUUGAAAAUUUUAUGUGUUAAUGAUAAGAUGUUGUUUGGUUGAA